AUGGGGCUUCUUCAGAGUCUUGUUGUUGCGAACACAGCUGGAUAUGGCGUGUCUGACUGGGAGAACCAUAUGACCGAAGCCAUUCACGCGCAUAUCGAUGCGUUCGCUCUUAAUAUUGCGAAUGGAGAGAGCACCACCGAGACCUCUCUCGGCAAUGCUUUCAUAGCCGCCCAGAGCACUGGGAUCCAGCUGUUCUUCUCGUUUGAUUACGCUGGGAACGGCGCCUGGGCUAAAGCAGAUGUGAUCAGCUUGCUCAACGCCUACGGCGGCACCUCGGAUACCUAUUGGCAUCACAACGGCCAACCCUUAUGCUCAACGUUCGAAGGACCGGGCAAUGCUGCCGACUGGGUAGACAUUAAGAAGCAGACUGGAUGUUUCUUUGUUCCAGACUGGUCUUCUCUCGGCGCCAAGGUGGCAAUGGAGCAAGCUGAUGGGGUGGCCGACGGGCUCUUUAGCUGGGCUGCCUGGCCGUAUGGCCCGUCAGAUAUGGAUACCUAUACCGAUGCCUCCUACCAACAGUACCUGGGUGGUAAACCCUAUAUGAUGCCCGUAUCGCCGUGGUUCUUCACCAACAUGCCCGGGUAUGACAAGAAUUGGCUGUGGCGCGGUGAUGACCUCUGGUAUGAUCGUUGGCAACAGGUCCUUUAUCUCGCCCCCGAAUUUGUUGAGAUUAUUUCCUGGAAUGACUACGGCGAGUCUCACUAUAUUGGUCCUUCGUACGACAGCCAUAAUGCACUGGCCGCGGCCUCUUACGUCGCCUUUGGCCAAGGCUAUGGCGAUGCGCCCUACAACUACGCCGAAGCCUAUGAUCACAGCGGCUGGAGAGCUUUGCUUCCUUUCCUCAUCGAUACGUAUAAGAACAAUGUUACCACCAUCACAGAGGAGGGCCUGUCAGCAUGGUAUCGCUUGAACGCGGCCGGCGCGUGUGCCUCCGACGGUGGGACCACAGGGAACACCGUGAGCCAGUUGCAGCUGGAGUAUCAAGCCAAGGACAUCCCGCAGGACAAGAUCUUCUACUCCGCAGUGUUAGGCUCGGCCGCUCAGGUCUCGGUCACAGUAGGUGGUAUAGACCUAGGAGCAAGCUGGACUCACACUCCUAGCGGCAACGCAGGCAUCUAUCAUGGCAGUGUCGCAUUCACUGGCCAUGCUGGGGGGGUGACAAUCACCAUCACCCGUGAUGGUAAUACCGUGGUUUCACUCGGCGGCAACGAGAUUUCCAGCGGGUGUUCAAAUACCCUUGGGGCGGAGAACUGGAACGCCUGGGUCGGCAGUGCGAUGGCGGGGAACGCCAUCUCGGUGAAGCCUACUUCGCUGGCCGAUCAAGUCUGCGUUGAGGGCUGGGGGAAGGGCAACUUCGCCGGGCUAUGCGAAUUUACUUGCAGUCUAGGGUAUUGUCCCAUGGGAGCUUGUGUAUGCUCGAAAAUGGGACCCCCGCCUACUAUGCCCAAGGCCACGGGGAUCCGGGGCUACCCCAUAGCAGGCGAGAGCCCCAGCUAUAGCGGACUUUGUUCGUUUGCCUGUAACUAUGGCGAUUGCCUUGAAGGCGUCUGUGGCACGGUGGAGGUGCCCCUGACCAUACCAACUGUAUCCCCGUUUACUCCGGAUACCUGCACCGCGGGGACUGGAUCCGGGGCGUUCGCCGGCCUGUGUAGUUAUGGCUGCAAUGUGGGAUACUGCCCUAUUCACAACUGCACCUGCACGGCCACGGGUCCCCUAAACGUCCCCGCAGCUGCCAACACCAGCAUCACUGGUAUCUCGACCGUUGGUGGGGACAGCGGGCUCUGCAACUUUGCCUGCGAGCGCGGGUACUGUCCCGGUCCCACCUGUGUCGACAACGCGGACAACAUGGACCCCUGCGCGACUGACGACGGGUCCAAUCCCGAAUGUGCGUUGUCCGAGGUCUGCGACUUCAGCCAGACCUUCGCCACCCUGGACGCGCUGGAGGCCGCAGUAGACACGCUGCAACCCGCCUGCGUGGAUUUCUACACACUCGACGGGCUGGCGACGGUGCUUCAGCAGACCCUGACCAACUACACGGGAAUCACUAGCAGCUACGACACCAAAUUCGACGAUUAUGUCAAGUACGUCAAGGAGAUGAUUCCUGACCAGCUGGCGGCGUUCAUGAGUACCGACGCCCCCUAUGGGCCUGGAAACGCCUAUUUCCAGUGCACGUACAGUCAAAACGGGCGCAAUCACACCACCGGCUCGUGCCCCGGCGACAUUGGCAUUGACACAGGUACCUUCACUGUGUACUACCAACUCGUGGACGCGGAAGGCUUCUACGGCAACCUGUCAGCCGACUAUGGCAUCGACCAGUCCUGGGUGCAGUUUGGCACGCAGGAGCUCGACGAGCCGUGCACGCCCGCCAUGUACAAGACGGGCUGCGCGGCGAUCCACCGUACCUACGCCGGGUUUCCGGUCAAGGCGGCUGACAGUGCAAUCACGGUGGCCAACCCCAAGGAGAUCAUGGUCCAGGCGCUGCCCAAUGUGCAGAAUCUCACGGCAACCAUCAGCGUGGCCAAGAUCGAGCUCGCCCUGGGCUCGUGGCUGGGCACCACCGACGACCUGGUGCAGUCGUUGUCGCUGGCGGUCUUCAUGCUCAGCCAAGCGGUAGCCAGCAUGCAGGCAGUGGUCGCCACCGCCGACUCCUACGAGGCUGCCAAGAAGAAGGAGAUGAUCAACGAGAUCCUGAUGGGGGUGCUCCUGGUCGUGCCCUUUCUGGGUGAGCUGGAAGCGGUUGCGGACGUCUUUGCGGGCCUGUCGCGCAUCAUCACGAUGAUCGGCGAUGUCGGGAUUGGGGCAACCACGGUUUAUGCCAUCGUCGACAACCCCAAGAUGGCCCCGCUGACGAUCUUGGAAACCCUCCUGUUGGGCGGGAUGCGCGACCCCAAUGAGUUCGCCACCAUGGGUUCGGUGAGACGCGCUAUGACUAAAGAUGAAAUCAAAAGUCUAGGCACCGAGAUCGAGGCCCUAGACGACCAGUUUCAGUCGAUUGUCGCGAAGUGUUUGUCAACCUGA